UGUGAGUGAGCUCUUAGAAUACAGGCGAUAAAGUUCAGUGCACAGGACAUGUUUAAGUGGUUUAAGUGAUUUGAAGACGAGUUAAUGCUGAAUAAAUUACUACAGCUUUAACUUGCAAUACAUUGAUGAAUUUUUAUCUAAAAAUAUUCUGUAGAAAUUCAAAACGAAUAGUACUGAGUUAUUAUGCCACCAAGCAUUUUAAAUAUUUAGCUCAGUAAUUUACCAAUCCCUGAGCUUAUUUAUGUAAAUAUGGAUAUUGAAUUACAUGCUCGAGUUGUUGUGAAUAAAAAAAGUAUUACAAAAGUUGAUGUUGGUUAGAGCUCGAUUUACUAUGGCAGCACGGUUUAUUCCUCGACAAAAUAUGACCAGGCUUGUUCCAAGAGCUGUAUUCAAGCGUGGGUAUUUACUGAAGAGUGCAAGAUGUCUCCAUAUGGGCGAAUAUUUCACUCGUGGACGCUUGAGUGAGAUCGAGCUACAGGCGUCGGUGCCCUUGGCUGGAAGAAAAUAUUUAGCAAGUUCAACAUCACUUGGCUUUCCGAAAUAUCUUUCAGGACCAAAAGAUGACUUUCCAAUGUUGGUUAAAGCGAAGAAAGGUCAGGAGACUAGUAUGAAACACUGGGCAUUGAGAUCAAGAGAGAUUAUUGAUCAGGCAUAUCAAAGGUAUGAAAAGAGUGGUACGGCCGUUGCAAUACUAUUUCGUGGUCUUCCAAACAGCGACGAAAAAUGCCUUUCAGAAUGGGUUACCAACUUGGGUUUUGAACCGUUUAAGUAUGUUGGAGGAGUUUCACCCAGAUACGAAGUUCAACAGAAUGUCGACGACGGUGCUCACGACGAAAAUGUGAUAACCAUUGAGCCUCAUAACGAGAUGAGCUACUCAACAAGUUUCCCGAAGAUAUUCAUUAUAAGCUGCUUAAAGAAAGCUUCGUGGGGUGGAGAGACAGCAAUUUGUGACAAUAGGAAACUCCACACCAGCUUAGACCCUGUCUUCGUUCAAAAAUGCGAAGAAAAACGAAUUCGUUACUGGAAUUGUUUACACAGUAAAGAUAGCGAUAAGAAUCUUUAUCAAAGCUGGCAGAAUCGUUUCAGAACAGAAGAUAAAGAAAAGGUUGUUGGCUUUUUAGAAGAAAAGGGUUACGAAUCUCUUUGGGAAGGGAAUACUUUGUUUUACUGGCAUAAUACACCGCCAACUGUACAUCAUGUUAAAAGUGGAGAGAAAUUAUGGUUUAAUCAGCUUUCAGCAAUGCAUGGUAGUUACUACGCUGAUAUGCCAUGCCAUGAUCGAUUGCAAUUAGCGAACAGGGAGUAUCCGUGCCAUUCUUCAUAUGGAGACGGAGUUGAAUUUACAUCUGAAGAAGUUGACAAUCAUAGACGGUGUAUUUGGGAAAAUGCUGCUGGAUUUGAUUGGCAAAAUGGUGACAUUCUUUUCCUUGAUCAAUUGAUCGUUCAGCAUUCCAGAUUAAGUUACGAAGGUGAAAGAAGAGUUGGCGUCAGCCUUUUGGGUUACUCAUGAUUCAAAUCAGGAUUGAGAUACAUCUACAAUAAGAGGACGACAGGACGUUUGACGUAUUAUAUAAAAGUAUAUCUUAUAUUCUUUAUUUUUUUCUUUAACGAUGCUAUAUAUGAUACUGCAUGCAGAUUCAGGUAGACCGUUAAAUAAGGACAGUUGUCGCGUUAAUUUUAACCCUCAAUGAGGCCCUCAUUUUUUAGUCGGACUUUUUCAUGCAUGGGGAGAAAAACUGGCAUAAAAUUCUGUUUCUGUUCCCCACCCCCCUCACCUCUUUCGAGCAGCCUUUGCAGUUCGUCUAACCGUCGUCAUACCGUAAAGCUUUGAAGUUUGGAAAACUGAGGAGUUUUGGUAGACACGCAAAGGAAUACUUGAACUGUUCCAUUUACAACUUCACUGCAAGUCAUGUGAUUUGGUCGACAGAGACUUGGGGAUCCUUGACCCUUGUCAUAGUCCUAAGCUGACUGUAAACUGUAAACAUGAAAAAGCAUAUUGUCCAAACCUACAUCUUAAGCCGGAUUUUCACUUGCAUAAAAUUAUUUUCUUUUGAAUUGAGAACAGUAAAGUCGAACUAAUUUAUUUAUACUUUUA